ACCCCCCUUCAUCAAAUACACUCUCAUCUCUCUUUCUCAAUCAAUCUUUCUCAAUACCCAUCUCCUAUUUUCUUGAUUUUCACAAUACCCAGAAUUUAUUUUCUUGAUUUUCUUAAUUUUUUGUUAAGGCCAUUUUGAUAUUCUUGAAUUUUUCGAUUUUUUUAAGGCCAUGGCACAAUUAGCACCUGGGAUUUUGCUGAAGCUGAUAGAUGGAAUGAACAUGGGGACAAAGCCUACUAGUGAGCAUAGGAGCUCAUUAUUACAAGUCACUGACAUUGUUCCAGCUGAUCUUGAUGAGAAGGAUUUGUGGCCUAAGCAGGGGUUUUACAUUAAGGUCUCUGAUUCUUCGCAUUCGAUUUAUGUGAGUUUGCCUUUUGAGCAAGAUGAUCUUGUGUUGAGUGAUAAAAUGCAGCUUGGGCAGUUCAUUUAUGUCGAUAGAUUGGAGCCCGGAUCGCCUGUUCCGGUGGCUAAAGGGGCUAAACCGCUUCCUGGGAGGCAUCCUUUGAUGGGGACUCCUGAGCCCUUGAUGGGGCUGAGGAAAAAAGGGGAGAAAGUUGAGAAGAGGGUGAAUACAGUUAGUUCAGUCCCUAGACGUAGUUCUUGGGGAACAGGCCAGAGGAAAGAGGAUGGGAAUUCGGGUAAUUCUGUUGUGUCUUCGCCUUUUUGUUUGAAGCCUGUGCCAUUGGAUUUUGAUCAGUGUACGCCUGUUAAAGGGCAAAAUUCUGUUAAGUUUGCUGGGAAUUUUCCAAUGUCUCCGAUGAUUAAAGGGAGAGUUAUGAGAGAUGGGAGUUGUAGUGGUGUCAGAGCUUCAGUUGGUGCUGGGGUUUUGUCGAAAAUGGUGGAUGCAAAAGGGGAAAAGGAAAGUCCAAUGUUGAGAAGAAGCUGUUUUACGCCUUCUAGUUUGAAGUUUCCUAGGAGUAAAAGUGUUUGUGAUAGAGAACAAAGGAUCCCGAAAAGCCCCUUCAACUCAGCUGAAAAGAAAAGUUUGACACCACCCCCGAGCUUACGCAGUUCCAGAACAGUAGCCGCAGAAAAUGUAGCUGCCAAUGCACAGCAACAAUCAAACGUAAAAUUGGUUUCAGAAACACAGUCUCAGUGUGUUGAUUCAGAACCAGUUGACAGCAGUUCGUCGAUAAAUUUACCAGGAAAGCUCAGUACACUAGGCAAGGAAGCUGUACAACAAAGGGAAACAGCACAAAAGAUUGCCCUUCAAGCUUUAAGAGAUGCCUCUGCCACUGAAAAUCUUGUUCGAUCUCUCAGGAACCUGUCAAAGUUGACUAAAUCAGCCAAAGUAGAUUCCCCAGCAAAUUGUUUUGAUCAGUUUCUUGAAUUCCAUAACCAAAUAGUGCAAGCCGUAUCCGAAAUGGUGUCCCUCCAAGCAGCUUCUGAAAUGACAUCUUACAAUCCAAAUGGUGAACAAACCAAGAAAGCAGCCCGACAUUCUGAACAAGACUCUCCUGUCUCGAAUCACAACCAAGACUCCGACACAACUGCAUCCUCUAAGAGAAGAACUGCACUAUACAAAUCAAUAGCAUCAUUUCCAGAAAGAAUGGAUCAGAGGACUAUUUUGGGAAAGCACAUGAGAUCAGACAAAAAAGGAGUGGCCCUUUCGACAAAUGAGAACGACGAAAACAAGAAACCAACUGCUUGUAGCAGCAGUCUGAGCAAUACAAUUAAACUAGGGAAGCAGAUUGAAACUGAGGCUGGGAACUGGUUCAUGGAAUUUCUUGACAAAACAAUGGAUAAUAAGGGUGUGAAGAAAUCCAAAGGAAAAGUCGAAGCUGAUGCUCGAAAAAUUCCUCAGUCCCUUCUACUCAAGGUUAUAAAUUGGGUAGAAGUGGAACAAAGUGAUUCUACUAAUGGACCAGUGCAUCCUAGAGCAGCACAAAUAGCAAGGAAGCUGAGGAUCAAGAUGAAGAAUCCAUGAAGUUGUUAAACUGAUUCCAUCAAAUAUUUUUUGAUUGAUUUAGAGGUUUGUAUGAUUGUUUGUGAUUGGAUUGGAGAUCAUGGUUGCUUUAGGUAGAGUUGUGCUUUUGUAUCAGACGUAUGCUGCUAGUUUGUGCUUAUAUUUAACACUUUACAUGUUCUAAUCAA